AAAAUGCGGUUCUCAUUCACCCUCGCCUCUUUGGGCCUGAUCUCGUCGGCUGUGGCCCUUACCAUCACGGCCCCGACCUCCAGCUCGACGUGGGAUUUUAACACCCCACAGACCAUCAAGUUCACCAGCAAUUCCACGGAUCCCGAGUACAUCAGUAUCAUCCUGAGAUCUGAGGAUGGUUCUUUCCAGACCAAGCUGGCGGACAACGUGAAGACCGCUGAUGGAGAAUACACGACUCAAUCCAACCCUAGUAUUUCCAAUGGAGACGACUACGAGAUCCAGAUCAUUGACUCCGCAGGCACCCUCGCCCUGAGUCAGGUCUUUACUGUCGAGAAGGGUGCUACAAGCGAUGGUACCACAUCCUCGUCCUUGUCCAGCACUGCCAGCACUACUUCCUCAUCCUCUUCUACCACCCUGUCCACCACCACUACUACUACUUCUUCCUCUUCAUCUUCUACAUCCAGUGAGACCUCUUCCACUCCCACUUCAACCUCCCUUAUCCGUUCAGCAUCCUCGACACCUGCGUCGAGCACUCCUCUGUCAUCUUCUGCUUCUCCUUCAGCAUCUACCUCCUCCACUUCUUCCUCCUCGUCCUCUUCGAGGGACACUUCCUCCACCGCAUCCUCCAAUUCCACUACCACCGCUCUGCUAGCCACUGGAGCAGCCUCCUCCCUGUCCGGCGCUCCCAAGGGCGCCGUGGGUCUGCUUGGUGCGGCAAUCGCGCUCUUGAAUGCCUGAUAACCCCCUUGAGUAUCUUUCGGGAGUGUGUGUGUCUGAUGCGGUUGUGUAGUCGAAGAAAGGGGUAUUAAUUGAUGAUGAUGUGUUAUGUUUUAUGGGUUAUAUAGCACGGAAUACACUGGACUUCUUACACCUAUUCCAUCCCAUCCCAUCCCAUGCCAUAGAUG